AUGGCAACAGUGAACAAUACGCGAUGGGUAAUCACGGAAGCGGAGCAGCGACAGAAUGAAAUUCAGUUUGCGACAUUAUCACCGGUUAAUGGACUUGUUUCUGGCGAACAAGUUCGACCAUUUUUUAUGAAAUCCGGCUUAUCGCCCGCUAUACUUGCACAGAUAUGGCAGUUAGCUGAUUAUACGAAAGAUGGAAAAAUGGAUCGUUAUGAAUUUUCAAUAGCAAUGCACUUAAUUCGAGCAGUAUUAGGUGGCGAAAAUCUUCCUACCAUACUUCCUCAAUCGCUUAAGCCUUCUAUAUUAACUUUACCUGCCAUAUCAUCUUCAUAUGUUCAUGGUAUUCCACCUCACUUACCAGCUAGUUUCCCUCCUACAUCUGCGAUGCAAGUUGGAAUGCCUGGUCCAAUCAUAGGACCGCAACCAGUUUCAUCAUUUCCAGUAACUGGUAAGACUCGAGAUGAUUGGACGAUUCCACAAAACAAUAAACUUAGAUACUGCCAACAAUUUAACCAGCUUGAUAAAAAUAGAAUUGGUUUCCUCAGCGGAGUACAUGCAAGAAAUAUAAUGGCUCAAAGUCAGCUACCAAAUCCGAUUUUAGCUGAAAUAUGGACGCUCUCUGAUGUUAACAAAGAUGGCCGUUUAAGCGUUGAUGAAUUUUGCAUAGCCUUGCAUCUAAUUGAAUCCAUCAAAGCUGGUUUUCAGUUGCCAAAAACUCUUCCACAGGAAUUAUUAUCACUUUGUAUUAGAUCAAAAACUGAAUCACCAGUGCUUGAACCAGGUGCUCCUCCUGCUCAGAAAACUCCCAUUCCUAAAACAUUUGAAGAUAGGCGUCGUGAUAAUUAUGAUAAGGGUCAGGCCGAGCUUGAUCGGCGACGGCAAUUGUUGAAGGAGGAGGAAGAACGACGUCGGGUGGAAGUUGAAAAACGAGAGAAAGAGGAAGCGAUCAGACGAGAACGAGAAAGGGAAGAAGUAGAGAGAAGACGCCGUGAGGAACGAGAAGCUGAAUUAGCUCGUGAAAAAGAACGCGAAAUUGCUCGUUUAGCUGAAGAACGACGUCUAAUGGCAGAAAAAGAAGAAGCAAGAAAAGAAAUGGAAAGACAGCGUAAAGCUGACUUGGAAGCAAUUCGCAUUCGUGAAAUUCAGAUGCAUUUCCAAACUGAAAAAGAAAAUACAAUAGAUCGACAACAGAAACAAAAAACUCUUACUUUUCAACUUCAAGCACUCGAUGAAAAAUCUAUUGAUUUGAAUUCAAAAAUUACUAUGAUAAGUAUCCAGUGCGAACGGCUUGCUCAUGAAAGUCUUCAGACACAGACGGAGUGUCGUACAGCUGUCGGUCGUGCUAAAGAGCUUGUUGAACUUCAAUCACGGAUGCGAUCUAUAUGCGAAGAGAUUGAAAGGUUACAUUCGCAAGUGCGCAGUGCAGAUGAUCGAGUCAGUUUGCAGGAGCAGCUCGUUUCCAAGAAAAAAUUAGAAUCAGAUGAAUAUUUCUCAAAAAUUUCGCAAGCACAAAUGCUUUAUUCGCAACUGUACAAUCAUGUCAGUCUUCUUCAAAAUCAAGCUGGCGAAUUUAUACGCAAAGCAAAAACUAAGAUUGAAAAUAAUAUUGGUAUUUCUUCUAAAGCAUUAACUCUGAAUUCGCCAUCUGGUUCAGUAACCUCAGCGAUUUCGUUAAAUCAAGAUGGCACAGAAGCGAUUAAUGGAUUACCGGUUGCUAAAGGAGCUGCUGGCACUGUGAAAUAUCGUGCUUUAUAUGAAUUCAAUGCAAGAACUGAUGAUGAGUUGAGUUUCCAGCCUGGUGAUGUGAUUCUUGUAUUUGAGUGCCAUACUGCAGAGCCUGGUUGGCUAGCUGGUCAGAUGCGUGAUAAGGUAGGUUGGUUCCCAAUGGCUUUUGCUGAACCAAUUGCUCCAGCUGCGGCAAAUAUAACGUCUACGCAGCCAGCACAGACUGCUUCUUCUUUACCAACUUCACCUUCUAGCGAACCGCUUCAAUCAAUAAAAGAAGAGCCAGCAGCUCCCAUAUGUAAAUCUUCAUCUUAUGAUUUAGAGACUCUAAACAAAGAGAACAACAGUGAUGUUCCUAAAAAAAAAGAUAGUGAACAAGUAAAUGCAAUAAUUGGCACAGCAGUAGCUCAAUAUCAAUGGAAAGCAAGAAAUGAUGCCGAACUUAGCUUCUCAAAAGGUGAUACGAUUGAAAUUAUCGAACAGCUGGAUAUGCGUUGGAAGAAUUACUUAAUUAUUUGUUGCGAAUUGCGAAGCUUCUCCCUGUUUCAGGGAAGAAAUCCCUCAGGAGCAAUUGGGUGGUUUCCGAAAUCGUACGUCAAGAUGAUCGCCAGUACAAAUGAAAGCAUUUUAUCAAAACAAGCUUCUAAACCUGAUGCUGUGGAAGCAAAUAUGUCCGAAUCUAGGAGUUCUUCGUCAAUUGCUAUUUCUACUUCUGUUCCCGUUUAUGACACUGUUAACGGUGAAAUGUUAAUUGUUCUUUUUUUAAAUUUUCCAAAUCUGAACAUAGUUAUGUUUACAGCAGAACCAGCGCAAAUGACUGAUGAGUGGUGUAUUGCAAUGUAUGAUUUUCAAGCAUCAGAAGCAACGGAUUUGGAGCUUAAGGCAGGUGAUCGUAUAUUGAUCAUUGAAGCUGUUGACGAUUGGUGGAAAGGAACUUGUAAUGGACGCACUGGAAUAUUCCCUGCGAAUUACGUACAAAGAUGUCCUUCAUAUAAUGCAGUAUCAGGAAGCGUUACUGAUUUUGAAACUGGUAAAGUUGUUGCAAAUUUUGAAGCUACUGCUGACAAUCAACUCUCGCUUCAUGUUGGAGAGUUGGUUCGAAUUCAAAGCAAAUCUCCGGCUGGUUGGUGGCAAGGAGAGCUUGUAACUAACGAUGGAACAAAGAAAGUUGGAUGGUUUCCUGGUGAUUACGUCGAAAUAAUCCAACAGAAUAUGUUAGUUGUCGAAGCACUUUAUGAAUAUAGCGCACAAAGAGACGAUGAGUUAUCGUUUAAAGUAGGUGAUUUAAUUAUGGUUACUGAUCGAAGUGAUAAUGAAUGGUGGAAAGGCAAACUACAGCGAACUCCUAAUAGUCCUGAUGCUCUUUUUCCAGCUCGUUUUGUACUAUUACGGAAUAUACACGGAAGCAAUCAAAUGAAAAAAGACGUGAGAUUAACGAAUUUUCCGAACAAGGAACUUAUUCAAAGCGAAAUUCGUUUUCAUCGAGACUUGACGGCAGUGCAGAAGGUUUUUGCGAAUAAUCUUAUUCCAAUCAUCGGCUAUGACAUUGCAAAACAAUUAUUUUUGAAUACCAGUACAUUGAUUGCAGUUUCGAAAGAAAUGAUUGAAGCAUUACGUGAUAGAAAUCCUGGUGUUGUUUUUAUGGAAAAAAUUGACUUAUUGCAAGGAUUUGUACAAUUCUGCUCGCAGCAACAAUCAGCUCUUGAAUUAUUAAAUAAUCUCGAACAGAACAGUCCAAUAUUUCGAAAGACUUAUCAUCUUUGUUGUGAACGAAGUGGUGGGUUAAAUCUCGGUUAUCUGCUAUUAUUGCCUAUGAGUCGAGUAACUCGUUAUCCGUUAAUUUUUGAGAAACUACUCAAAUACACUUCAACGAAAAGUCCAUAUUACGAGGUAAUUUUAUAUGAAACAGCAUAUCAAUUACUGAAAGGAAUUUGCGCAGAAAUGAACCAUGAAAUUACCGAAUCAGAGAAUGCGAGUAUGCUUUUAUGGUCUCAGCAAUAUAUACGAUGCGAUUCUAUGAGACUACCAAUAUUUUUUCCAUCUUCAACGAGAAAGGUUGGAAAGCGACAAUUUCUUCAUUCUGGUAUUCUGUAUAAACAAAGAAGCGGUAAAUUACUGGUAGCCAUGCUUUUCAAUGAUUUCCUAAUAUUUUGUAUACCAUCAGAAAAUAUUGAACAGGUUCCUUAA